AAGACAAUUCAUGACUAUUGGCAACCCGUAUUAACGAAUUUUGCUUUAAGCACAAAAAGAAGAAAUUGACAUUAAAAUACAGUAAUUUAUACAGUUGAACAUCAACCAAGUAAGAUAAAGUUUAUAGUAAGGGAAGUUAAAGUAAAAUGCAUUUUUAAGAAAAGCUUCGUGGUGCAUUUCUUUCCCUCAAAGUAUUUCUGUUAUACAUGUAAUUAAUCCCAUAAAUAAAUCAAAGUUGGUCAAAGUAACUUCGAGUAAUUCUCAAAUCUUAUCAUCAGUUAAGGACAAUUUAAAAUUUACAGUUAGUAGAGAUUAUUCAAAUUUAAGUGAAGUUAAUAAUAAAGAGAUAUAUACUGUUUAAAAUGGCAUCAACUUGGAAUAACAGAAUAACUUCUCAUGAAGGAGAAGAGAUUAUUGACUUUAUUGAUUUAACAGAUGAAUCAUACUGCCAUGGAUCACAAUCAUAUAGAUUUAGAUUAAACGAAGAGCAGGCAUCAUUAGUCUCAACUGUUAUUGAUUCUUUAGCUGCGACUAUAUCACUUACUACAUAUAAUAAUCAUACUAAUAGAAGAAGGAUUAGAAAUGAUAAUGUAAGACAAGCUGCAGCUUCCAACAGAAAUAGAACUAAUACUAAUGCGAAUAUAAUUGAAGAACCAGAAGAAAUUUAUCUAGAUGAUACUGUUUCACCUAGCAAGAGCGGUCCUUGGUGUAUUAAUGACUCUUGUACUCUUGAACCUACUACGUUAACUUGUGCUAUAUGUCUUGAAGAAUUAAAAGCCAAAUGCAAGCCCACGACAACAUGUUGUGGACAUAUAUUUUGUGAAAAAUGUUUGUUAAAAGUAAUUAAUGAAAAAAAAAAGUGUCCUACAUGUCAAUCAAAAAUCUCUAAAAAGUCAUGUAUAAGGCUUUACUUUUAAUUACAUUAUUAAUUAUUUAAGAUUGGUUUAACGCAUGAAAACAAAGUUUAGUAAUUACAUUAAAAAAUUGGAUUUUCUAAUUAUUCUUU